AUGACCCCCUCCGUUGUCCCCGCCCCCGGCGGGCAGGGCUAGCUCCGCUUCCCGCCCCGCUAGUUCGCGGCCGGCCGGGCCGCGCCGUACGGUACCUGCUGUUCUGCGGCUCCCCGGGGACCAUGAGCCUCUUGCGGGACGUCUCCCUGCAGGACCCCCGGCUCCGCUAUGAGCUGAUCCAGCGCAUCGGGGCGGGCACCUACGGGGAUGUUUACAAGGCCCAGAACACCCAGACAGCAGAGUUGGCUGCCAUAAAGAUCAUCAAACUGGACCCAGGUAAAGAUACCAACAGCCCCACCCAUGAGGUGACUGCAUCUCAGUGCUGUAGUGACAGCCCUUCCCUUUGUUCCUUCAGGAAUGACCGUCUCUGGAUCUGCAUGGAGUUCUGUGAAGGAGGCUCUCUACAGGAAAUCUACCACACCACCGGCCCCCUCUCUGAGAAGCAGAUUGCCUACGUAUGCAGAGAAACACUGCAGGGCCUGAAUCACCUACAUGCCAAGGGCAAGAUGCACCGGGACAUAAAGGGAGCCAAUAUCCUACUCACUCACUCUGGAGAUGUGAAACUGGCGGAUUUCGGGGUCUCAGCUGAGCUGACAGCAUCAGUGGCAAAGCGGAAGUCCUUCAUUGGGACCCCCUACUGGUAUCUUACCCCUUCCUCCACCCUGGUGCUUCAUUCUGGUACCCACCAGGGGAACAUGGUGGCAGGAGAGAGGAGUGGAGUUAUCUCACAGUUGGGAACCCCCCCAUCUGGGGCUGUCUUGGAGCCUGGGAUGUCCCUGUGGGAGGGGGUUUGGUGGGUGAGAGGAGGGGCCAGACAGCAACUUGGUUUGGGGGAUGGAGGAGGGUGUCAAGCCUGGAGGAUAUCGGGGUCUCUCUUUGGGGCCCUGAUGCUCAUGUCCAAGAGCAGCUUCCAACCCCCUAAACUGAAAGAUAAAGCACAUUGGACCCCUGAAUUCCACCACUUCCUCAAACUGGCACUGACCAAGAACCCCAAAAAGCGACCCACAGCAGAAAAGCUGUUACAGCACCCCUUCACCAGCCAGCCCCUUGCCCGUGCCCUGGUCAUCGAGCUACUCGACAAGGUCAACAGCCCUGACCUGGCUGCCCCCUCCCUGGAUGAUGGAGACUUUGAGGCUUAUGACAUCUUCCCAGACAAAAUCCAUUCCCGUGGGGCACAUGGCCAGGCAGAACGGACUCUCUCCGAAAUCCAGUUUAAUCAAAUUAAAUUCGGGCCCCCACUGAGGAAAGAAACAGAACCGUAUUGUGGUCUGAGGGAAGAGGAGGAUGAUUGGACAUUGCUAGGAGCUGAAGAGAGUCUCCUGCAGUCUGUGGAGGAGGCGCUGGAGGAAAGGAGCUUGACCAUCCGCCCAGUGUCUGGACAGGUGGCCAUGCCAAAGGAUCAGCCUGUGGACUCCCACUGUGUCCCAGAGAAUGAGAUGGGAACAAUCAAGAGGGCAUUGCUUUGGGACCUGAUGAAUUGGGAGCUGGGGGGCAUGGAGCCUGGGGCUGGCUCAGAGACCAUGAAAAGACAGACACCAGCAGGCAGCCCAGAGUCAGGUGACAUCCCAACCCCCUUGCACACUGGCUCCCCAGAGCCUGCAGUAUCCCUGCUUUCCACCGAAUGGGCCACCAUGAAGAGGAAGGAGGAGACAGAGAGAUCCAGCUGCCAUGGGCUGCCCCCUACCCCCAAGGUCCAUAUGGGUGCUUGCUUUUCCAAAGUCUUUAAUGGCUGCCCUCUAAAGAUCAAUGCAGCUGUGACAUGGAUCCACCCAGAGACACGAGAUCAGUACCUGGUGGUUGGGGCGGAGGAGGGGAUUUACACACUCAACCUGCACGAACUCCAUGAGGACACCAUGGAGAAGCUCCUGCCCCAUAGGUGUUCCUGGCUGUACUGUAUGAACAACGUGCUGCUCUCCUUAGCAGGGAAAUCCUCCCAGAUCUCCUCUCACAACCUCCUGGGCCUCUUUGAGCAGCGAAGGCAGCUGCAGAAGCGGCAGGUUCCCCUCUCCAUUGCUACCAACCGGCUGACCGAGCGCAUUAUCCCCAGGAAGUUUGCACUCUCCUCCAAGAUAGCAGAUACCAAGGGCUGCCUCAAGUGCCGAGUAGUUCGGAACCCCUAUUCUGGCAACACUUUCUUGUGCGCUGCUCUCCCCUCAAGCCUGGUGCUGUUGCAGUGGUACGAACCCUUGCAGAAGUUCAUGCUACUGAAGCAUUUUCCUGUGGCCCUGCCCAUGCCCCUGAGCCUGUUUGAACUGCUGGUGGUGGAGACGGAAGAGUACCCCCAGGUGUGUGUGUGUGUUGUGGACCGAGACCAGCCGGGCCAGGAGCUGGAGUUUAACGUCAUUUCACUCAGCACCAACUCCAGCCUCAACAUUGACAGCCCUGCAGGUAAGCGACACCUCAGUGGGAAACUGGACAUGGAGGUGGCAGGGGACUGGAACUCAGGGUCUUUCCCCUCUGGAGGAAUUGACCAGCCGGGCCAGGAGCUGGAGUUUAACGUCAUUUCACUCAGCACCAACUCCAGCCUCAACAUUGACAGCCCUGCAGGAAUUGAUGUGAGCCCUCUCUUUCUUCCCACAGGCUAUGUAAGGACAGUGAACUUGUGUGGGGCCCCCAAGAGAGCCCUGGCCUCAGAGCUCACUUUCAACUUCCCCAUUGAGACAAUUGUGUGCCUUCAAGACAGUGUGCUGGCCUUCUGGAAACAUGGCAUGCAGGGCCGCAGUCUGGAGAGCAAUGAGGUGACCCAAGAAAUCACAGAUAAAUCCAGGAUGUUCCGUGUGCUGGGAGCCAACAGAGAUGUAAUCCUGGAGAGCACGCCUACGGAGAAUCCUUUAGCUCACAGCAACCUCUACAUCCUAACGGGGCACGAGAGCAGCUAUUGAGUAUGUGGAACUGCCUUUCCAACAUCCCCAUGGGGAUGGAUGCAGAGCCCCAGUGCAAGGGGAAAUUCUGCUGUGAUGAUUUAAACUACUGAUUUCUGAGAUAGCAGGAGCCUAGGGAACUCUUCCCAUGAGCAAGGUCCAUCUUGUGUUGUGGGAAUCCAUGCCAGAUGGAUUCUAUUUUAUAAACUCUACAGUCCACCUCUUCUGUUGUCCAAAGUCUUCCUGAGAUACUCCUGUUUUUCAGAAGUGUAUGGAGAGAUUCCUUCUGCCCUUUUAGAGUGAGCAUCUCCUGAGACUCUUAUGUUUGCAAUAAUUGACUACCAGCCAGUCCAAAGAAGCCUCCUUAGUCUGUCUUGACUGAUACUUGUGCCUGCUGAAUGCUUCCUCUUCUCUCCUCCCCACCCCAUUCUUAAUCCUAAGAAGGGGGUCUUCUGGAGAGACAUGUUGUGAAAGUGUCCUCCUCCAGCUUCAACAUGAAGACAAUCCAUUUUCCAGUGGGUGCAUUCUUUUUCCUAUGUAGCACUUAAGGUCCAGAAAUCUGGCAAACAUCUUCAGCAAAAGGAGUGGGAAAGCAAUUCUGUGUCUUCUCAUUCAAAGUGUAAGCAACAAGCAAAGCUUGAGGUGGGACAAACCUGUUGAAUCAGUGGCUGGGAUACCUAUUUGACUGUUUUGGUAAUGGUUGGGCAGGUUGCUUGGCUGCAUGAGUUCUGAUGAGGGGAAGAGUGUGAUGGCUGGUUGGGCAUAGGUUGGCUGGUUUAAGUAGCUGGGUGAUGGCUUGGUGGCAGAGAGUUGAGUGCUUGUUGGUAGGGAGUGGUGAUUAGCAGGAUGAGGUGGUGGUUUGGUUUGGAAGUGGCUGGGGCAAUACUUGGGUGAAUGAGGGGAAAUAUGGGUUUGGCUGAUGAGGCAAUGUGAGGGACUUGUUUAGUGAGUAAGCCAAUUGCUUCGCAGGGUGGGGUGGCUGAUUGGUAUAAAAGAGGUUUGAGAGUAUCUGCUACAGAGAGACUGGAUGCAUGGUUGGCAUUUUGAGCAUGAAAAGAUGGGUGGGUGGAUGGAUGGAUGGAUGACUGUUUUAAAAUGAAGCAGACUGCUUCACUACCAGGCAGUGUGUUAAACUGGCUGGCUGUUGGGAUGCCUUGUUCUUUUGCUGCCUUGGAAAACUGUGCCAAUCCUAAAUGCCAUUGUGACAGAGAUCAGAAUCUUGGGGCCAACAGCUCUACUAACUCAGGCAGUGGAAGCUUCCCUUUCUGUUUUGCUAAUUUCUCUGUUUUUUAACUGAGAGCUGGAAUUUAUGGAUAAAAAACAAAACUUGAAAAAAUAUGCUAUUUAAGAGAUAUAUUGAUAUUAAAUGUGUCUUUUGUUUG